AACAAAUUUAUUUUGUUAAUCAGUUUGCCACUUUGAAGUGAGCGGUUACCUUUGAGCUCUAUACAUGAUGGCAGCGAUCGGCGGCGGAAGCUCGGAGUCGGAGGAGUAUGUAUAUCGGAUUUGCACCGGCAAAGAAUGGGAGGAUUUCCAAAAAAACGGAUCCACUUUAGGCUCAGAUCUUGACAAAUCUUCGGGCUUCAUCCACCUCAGCAAGCUCAGCCAGGUGAAAUCAACACUGCAGAACUUUUUUUUGAAUACUACUUCGGAAUUGUAUCUGCUUCAAGUUGAUGCCAAGAAGCUUGGAGAUGGAUUGGUAUAUGAAAUUGUGGAUGGUGUGAACAGUUUUCCUCAUUUUUACGGGCCAUCUAAAAGUUUUGGUGCUCUGCCUUUAGAUGUAGUCACCAAAACAGAGAAGAUCACAGUAUCGACUGGCGAAUUUAGUUGUGGUUUGCUGAAUUGAGCUUUUUACACUCAUUUUGAAUCAUUUUGUGGGGAGAUUAAUAAACAUGCAUUUGCUUCCUAUGAAUCUAUGAUAUGCAAUUAAAAUUCGGGAUUGUUUGGUA